GGGGAGGGGGGAGAGCGAAGGAGGGGGCAAGGAGGGGAGUCGGGGGCGGUGCGUCGAGUCCGUUAGUUCCUCCCCUACUCGGUGCCAGGAGCGAGGCACCGGCGCUCGGGAAUGGAGGCCGACGGCACCGGAAGAUAUUACACUCCUCUUCAGCCAGCAUUUUUUCCUUAUCCUUUCUAUGAAAUGAUGGCUGCAUCUCCAAACAUGGAGAUGAUGAAUGAACAAGAAGCUCUUCAGGAAGUUUUGGAACCAAACUGCAUUCAGGAACCUGUUCAAGCUACUACAAAAGGAAGAAAAAGAAAAACUAAAUCAACGGAACCCAAAAAACCUCCUGCUAAAGCUGCCAAGUCAAAAGGCAAGCAAGAGAAAAUCACAGACACUUUUAAAGUCAAAAGGAAAGUGGAUCGUUUUAAUGGUGUAACUGAAGCUGAAUUGUUGACCAAAACAUUGCCUGAUAUACUGACUUUCAAUCUGGACAUUGUAAUUAUUGGUAUAAAUCCAGGCUUAAUGGCAGCCUACAAAGGGCAUCAUUACCCAGGACCUGGAAACCACUUUUGGAAGUGUCUGUUUUUGUCUGGACUUAGUGACCAGCAGUUGAACCAUAUGGAUGAUCAUACCUUGCCACACAAAUAUAAUAUUGGAUUUACAAAUAUGGUGGAAAGGACUACACCAGGAAGCAAGGACCUUUCCAGCAAAGAGUUUCGGGAAGGAGGACGAAUUCUGGUGCAGAAAUUACAGAAGUAUCAACCUAAAAUAGCAGUUUUUAAUGGAAAAUGUAUUUAUGACAUUUUUAGUAAAGAGGUUUUUGGAGUGAAGGUGAAAAAACUGGAAUUCGGACUGCAGCCUCAUAAAGUUCCGGACACAGAAACUCUUUGCUACGUUAUGCCAUCCUCCAGUGCAAGAUGUGCUCAGUUUCCUCGGGCGCAGGACAAAGUUCAUUAUUAUAUAAAGCUGAAAGAGCUAAGGGAUCAGCUGAAAGGCAUUACACCAAACGCAGAGAUCCAAGAAGUGCAGUACACUUUUGACUUGCAGCUUGCACAAGAGGAUGCUAAGAAAAUGGCCGUCAAAGAAGAAAAAUAUGAUCCAGGUUAUGAAGCAGCUUAUGGAGGAGCUUACAGUGAGAAAACAGCCAAUGAGAGUGAACCAUGUAACUUUUCUUCAAAUGGAGCAGCAUCCAAUGCAGAAUGUAGCAGUGGAUCUUCCUUUGGAGAUGUCCCCAAUGGACAGUGGAUGACGCAAUCCUUUACAGACGCGAUUCCUGAGUUUAACAACCAUAGGCCACAAGAGGAACAAGAAAACAAUGCUUAAAGUCUGCCUUUUCAGUCAUACCUGAAAUUUUUUUAUGUACACAGUCAACAAGAAUGGUGCCUCAGUUCCCCAACUGGAGCAUUUAAUAGCAUUUUACCCUCUUAGUUUUCUAACAGUAGUUCAAGCCAAUUGUAGUUAGACCAGUGAAUUAGGUCAUUUUAAGAAUAUGUCCAUGGUUUUUAAGAGAAAGAAACUUCCUUUUUAAAGAGGCUUUUUGUAUUUAAAUAAUUCCAUAAUUUUAACAGGUCUUCACAGAUGAGUAGUCAACUUAUUUCUUGCUUUAAAUCUGUUUGGUUUUUUUUGUAAUGUAGAGGUCUGUGCACACGUUUGUAGCUUUGUCCCCUCAAGUGCUGGAAUAUUUCGUAGGAGGCAGAAAGUCCGUUAUAAAUAUAACGUGGUUACUGGACUGGACUAUAGCAAGCUAUUAAUGUCCAGCAAAGCUGUUACACAGUCGUAGCUGAAUAGCCUAUCCCUGACUUCUCUACAAAAGUGAUAUAAUUCCUCUUGUAGGAACUGUAACUUUGUUGCUUUCUAAGAAAAGAGCUGCAAAGCUUACCUUGGUCCUGGUUCAUGCGUGUCUGCAUGUUAUGAUUAGUGGCAGCUGAUUGUGUAAUUAACUCCACUGAAAACCUAGAGUUGAGCCGGCUGUUCUCCAGGUACACUCUCAGUUGAAAAAGUUUUUCGCUUUUUCACGUUUUCACCCUAUUGCUUUCUUCCUAUUUUAUUCUUUCUCAAGUGGCCCUAGACAGUUGGGAAUCAAGUGCUGAAUGUGAUAAAGCAGUGCCAGUCAGAUCUGACCAUUUGCUAACAUCAACUAAGGGUGUGAAGAAAAUUUAUAAGGAAGAUGUUUUCUGUUCAGAUCACAAGGAACGAGUCAUCUGCUAGGAAUGAAGGGCUUUAAAAAUGAGGACUUGAAGUACUUUUGCAAUGAUCUCUGAAGGUGUGGGGGGCCCUUUUAGUUUUGACAAAGUACUCCUCCCCCCCCUUUAAGACUAUAAAAAGCUUAUAAGGAAAGUGUUGUCUGCAGUGGACCUUUCGUAAAUGCAAGUCACUUGUCACUGCAUGAGAAGCAUGUAUGUAUGCAUGAACUCUUAAACCUUUUGCAUCCAUGAGACGGGGGAGAGUAUUUGUGCUUCUGAAUGCCUGUUUUCAUUUCCACCCUCUCAUGGAAGAGAACCUACAGCAACUGUAUUCUGUUCAUUCCCCUCUAAAUGCUCAGCUAUUAGGAGAGCAGCCUCUCUUCUCGAAUGGAAGGAUUCCGUGCUCCUGAAAAUGUGUGGGUUGAAUCCAGGACCACCUUGAAAGGAAACAAGCUGUUUCUUUGUGCAGGUUUCAAAAUAAGAGCACUGUUUCCUUUCUAGUAUUCCACUCAACAAAAGAUUGAUGAAGGGCCAUUCAAACCUUAGGCAGCUACAAAGAAGAACAUGAGAAAUGGGCAUUACUUACCCAUUAAUAAAACUUUUCCUAAAUACUUGAGACGCAAUCCACUAGACGGGCAGGCCCAAAACUGGGACGUAAAGAGUUACAUUAAGACUCAAAGCUCUCUUUUCUUUUUCAUAUGUGCAGGUAUCUGCAACAGGACAUCGAGAUAGAUUAAUAUUUAUGUAUGUCUCUCAUAUUCCCAUCCAACACUCUCUUUCUAUGACUUGAAAUGUGUUAGAAGAAAGACUUGAUAGAGACAAGGGAGGUGCAUUCCUUCAAACGUCCUAGUAAAUUGUCUAGGUGUGGCAGAUGAAAAUCCUCCACCGGCAGGUGCUCUGUCUUCAUGAAACGUGAAUCUUGCCCUCUGUCUUUCCUGAAAUUUUCAGUGUAUUUGUUGUUCACUAUUUUGCUUCUUUGUCCACUUUUCUUUUUUUCUUUGUCAUAGUAGGGAAGAGAUGACUUGAAGUAAAAGCAAUAAGAGGAUCAAAUGGUAGUUUUGAUAAUCUUAUAAUUAGGUGCUUUGGAUACUUGAAUUAUGCACAGGAAAUUGUCUCUCCAUCAUGUGUACAUAGGGAUUGGGAUUGUUUAACUGCACCGUAAACUGCUGGAUUUUUCUUUUUGUGUGUAUUAGUGUUUAGCAAUGAUGAAUUGAGUGGAUUAAAUGAAAGUGAAUCCAUAUAGUUUGCUAGCAGCUUAAACAUGUUCAAAAUGUGUUCCGAUCUGCUGUUUAAGAGAUAAGCAUGUUUAUGGUCCCUCUAUGUAAUCGUGUAAUCAAGUUGGAUUCAAAGUACUAUUAGCAGUUGGCAGAGAAUCAUUCAGCAGUCUUGUGCCUACAGAUAUGAGCACACUGCUUUGGUGCAGCCAGUAUGGUUGAGAUGGGUUCAGGGGAAGCUGCCAACUCGUAUGGGCAAGUCUUGCUUACUUUCCCAUAGGUAGUCAUCUGCUCACUACCCAGUCAGAAUUGGGGGGCUGUUGUGCUAGACCUGGAAGAAGGGGCUACAGCAGUAAAAAGAACUGAAAAUGCUGUGCUUGUGUUUUCUGUAUCUUCUUGCCAGCUUUUUGCUCGUGUACUGAGACUGGGAACUAGGCGGUCAGCACAGCCUUGCCAGACCAGCCAGCUAGACAGACAGGGCUUUCAUAGGAGGUUUCGUCUCAGUGGAGGGCCAUUGGAUUUGGGAUAGCUGCUGCUGCCUUUUCCUCUAGUACUGGGCAAACUGGACAGCUGCCCACAUUUUGCUAGUGGAAGAACUGCACUGCCUUUGAUGAUAAUACCCAUCCAUUAAUGGAGAUAUGCUCUUCAACUUACGGAAAGGAUGUCUUUGGAUCCAACCCCUUGUUUUAAAUUAAAAUUGAGAUGUAUAUUCUGGUUCUAAUCAUGUUAGUUAUUCUGUAUGAGAAUUGUUCAUUGUACAGUCAGCAAUCUACAAAAAUUAUUCACUUAUUUUAUAUGUAUCAUUGUUUACAAGGACUCUUUCUUGCAAGUGCUUGAAGUGCCUUGCGUCAGGGAUCUGGAACAAUUUUAUAUUUAACAAAACUGUUAAGCAUUGCUGAUCGCUCAGUAGUGACUAUCAUGAAAAUGAAAGGAAAUGUCUUGUUUUGGAAGAGUCAUCUAUGACUUGAAAAUAAUUACAAAGUGACAGGUUAAAUGUGAAUGUGCACACAUUCUCAAACAUGGUGCUUUAAACAGAGUUUAAACACUUCUUAUCUGCCAAUUCCUUGCAAAAAUUAAAUGUGUUAUGAUAUCUUCUGGUGCUUAAUUGUGACAUUUUUAAGAAGUCUUAAUGCUGAAUUGCUUUGUGUUGAAAAGAAGCAGGUAUAAAUUAAUUGAAAUAAAAGAACUGAUGUUUAAUUUUAA